AUGUCAUAGUUGUACGAAGAUAAAAAUCCACUAGAGGAUAAGCGUGAUGAAAAUUUCAUCCAACUAAAAUCUACUACAUAUUUUUAUGAGAUGUUUAAGAAGAAAAACCAAAAAAGCAGUGAAGUGAUACCUCAAACAAUCCUUUGGGAGUCAGGCAAUCCUAACACUUGGUUUUUCAACACUAGCAAGGGCAAAAUUCCAUAAAUACUACAUAAAAAUACUGAUAAGGUCAAUCAUUUUGAGAUUUGCAAAUUCUUUUUAGGUAUUUCUCGCCCUGAAGAACUGCGUAUCGAUAACUUAACAUCACUUUCAGAGUAUAGCAAGAAGCUCCAGCAAAAAGAACCUGUUUGUUUCAUCAGAUAUGCAGAUAAAAAGACAGAAGCUCUAAUAGGGCCUGAUCUUGUAAAAUUAUUUCUUGAAGGCAAAUAGACGGCUAACAUUUCAAUGAUUUAAUCUUAUGUUCCAAAUAAUUCAAAAGCAAAUGAAGUAUUCUACGUUGAAUAUAGGCAUGAUGAAAAUACCCUUCCUUUGGGAUUUAAGUUUUACAAAAAGAUAUUUUCUACAAAGAAGGGCUAUACAACAAGCUAGGAAUAACCAAAUAACAAUGAGAAUAAAGAUCAAAAUAUGGGAGGCUAAGGGAAAAAGGAGUCUAUCAUUAAAGGAAAAAAAUUAUUUUUUAAAUGCUUUGACUAAUCUCUCAACGUUAAGCUUUAAGAAAGUUCUAAAAGGUUAAUUGAGUUCAUAGAGAGAGCAUAUAAGUUGAAAGUUAGAAAAUUCACUCCUAAAUACAUGCUUGACAGAAAUGGCAAUAUAAUAUUCAUGGGAAUAAAACAUUUAUUUAUAGAGCUUUUUUCUUAUGCUCCUUACGAUAUUGAGCAGAUAAAAGAGUAAAAGUAAAUGACAUUUUAGGAGUUUAGAAAACUUUAUAAAAAGCAGAAAAAACACAAUUUAGUAAAAGUAGGUGGAGUAGAAAUGAAGCUACCCCAAGUUAUUUAGCAGGACGAUAAAAAAUACUCUGCUACAUUAUAUAAAAAAAUGAGAGUAGAGAAGUGUGGAGGAGAUUUCUGUGAUUAUGAGAUGCUUGAAAAAAAUACAGGUCCUCUUGCAAUGAGAAAAAAUAUUUUAGAAGAAUAUAAAAAACAUUUUGGAGUGAGAAAGGAGUAAUUAGAAAAUAUAGCAAUUAGCUUACCUUAUGAAAUAUCAAAUCAACUUAUUUUAAGAACCCGUGAGUAUGCUCUAUAAGUAAUUGAAAUCCUUCGUAAAAAUAAAAUAUUUUCUAAGGAGAGUUAAAUAGUUAAAUCUUAAAAUUAUCACUACACAAAUGAGGAUAAUUUUGGAAAUAUAGAUAUAGAAGUAGAGUACCCUUUUAUGAAAAAAUCAUAUACUGUAGAUAAUUAUGAAAAUUAAUACAAAAGAGUUAAAAUUUGCAAGUCUUGCUUCAUCAUUUAUUCCUUAACUUCGAAGUAUUUUGAUGAAAAGCUGAAAGAAAAAAUGAGAUAAACAUAAACAAGACAAUAUUUCACAAGAUAGAGCUCUGCGAACUAAUUUUAAACUAUUCAGUUUAACUAAAAUAAUGAAUAAGAAGGUUAAAAUGGAGCAGGAGAUACAAUAAAUUAAAAAAACUCUAUUAAAGAUGAAUAAAAUGCCAGAGAGUUAUUAAAAUCGUAAAGUUAAGUCAUAAUUAAGUAGAAGUCGGUAGAUCCUAAACGAUAAAAUUAGUUUAAAAUUUCAAAGUCUUCUAAAAUUUCUAUAAAUCCUCGUGAGGAUUAACAAAUACAAGAUUAACAGUAAUACUUUGCAAAAACAACUAAAGCCAGACUCUUGCCUAAUACAAGAAAAGAUAUUGAGGUGAAUAGAUUAACUCUAGGUUUCCUAAACUAUGAAAAGUUAAGAGAUUUGUAUAAAGAGCCUGCAGAUUCAAAGAUCAAAAGCUAAAUCCUUAAUGAGACUAAAGCUUACAGAAAACCAGUUGUUAACCUCCUUGAGAAGCCAAGCAAAGAUAUGAAGAGAAAAGACAUUAAUGCCGAUUCAUAUUUACUCUUUAAAAUUGCAGAGGAUAGAAAGAAUUUAAGAAGAAAUAUUAACAGCGAUUCCCAGAUGCGUUAAGUUUUACUUAACAAGCUCCAAAUAGCUCAGUAAGAAGGCUAAAAACCAGCAUUAAUAUAAAUAAACAGUCUCUAUUAUAAUCAUGCUAACUUUCAACAUUUAAGAAAACUUCAUAAGUUCAAAAUAUCAUCUCCGAUCAAUCCUUUCUUCGAUGAUUUAGAUAUUGAUAAAGUCCAAGAAUUAACUUUAGAAAAAGUAUGUGAUAUAAUGGGAUACUAAGAACCUAUAAUUGAUAGCUCUGAUAUGAAAUUUUUAGUUAUUGAUGAGAGUACUGCAAUUCCCUACUGCUUAAUUGGAGGAGAGAAAUCUAAGAAUUAAGAAAUUAAGCAAGAAGAUGAUAUACAUGAAAAUAAAUCAAAAAAUGAAUAAAAUUAUAAUAUUUCAGAGUAAUUAAAUGAUUUAGAUAGCCCAUACAAAAAGUAAAGCAGAAAUAGAGAAAAUAGUUAGCAUAACAUUGAAAAAAAUAAUGAAAUAAUUGUUUUUCUUUAAGAUUUCUUUGAUAGCUACUUUGAAUAUAAAUAGUUGUUUGAAUCUUUAUUAUAACAAAAUCCAAAUAGGAGAGUUUUGCUGUUUAACCUGCCUGGAUAAUCAUAUACGAUAUACAAUUCGGAACUAUUGUAUCCUAAUUACUAUUAGAUAGAAGUAAUUGAUAGAUUGCUGUUUAAAUUAGACCAAGAGAAGCUGAUUAACACUAAGACUGAUAAAUUUAAAUUUAUUGGAAUAGGUUAUGGAGGUUUCAUUUUGCAAAGUUAUAUGGUUUCGGCGUAUGGAAAUUUGCCUCAUUUAGGAUCUUUGCUUUUGAUAAAUUCAUUUAUAGAAGUUGACAAUAUUUUGAAGGAUACUCUUUUAAAGUCUCUAGAGAUUUUUGAGACCUGCCCUGAAGGGAUGGAUGAGCUUUCAUUCAAUUAUUUUUCAGUUAUUGUAAAUUCAUAAGCUCUAAGUGAAGAAUAAUUAAGCAUGAAGAUGAAAAUUAAUCCAAUUUUGAAUGAGGGAAGAGCAGCUAUCAUUAAAGGUUGUCUGGCUUCGUAAUUCAUGCGCGACAGGUUUGAAAAAGUCCCUGUUUCUUGCUUGAUUGUCCACACAUUGAAGAAUUGUGUAGUAAAUAUCAACUAAAGCGACUUACUAGCGAAGUACACAAAAGAUGAAGUUCAAGAUUUCUAAGCAAACUUAAUUCUAAAAAAAAUAAAUGAAAAGCAAGUAAAGCGUAAGACCAAAUAUAUAAACGGUGGCCAUUCUUUACUGGAAGAAAAUGUUGAAUAAUUAAUAGAAUUGAUUAAUGAAUUUUUGAGAGAAUAAUUUUGA